AUGGGACCACAAAACCAAGAAAUUUUUUGUGAACCACCAAAACCAUGGGAAGAGUACCAAACUUGCUUCGUAGGUAGAUGGACAUCUUUGAUACCAAUUGACAAGCAGAUAGAGAAGUUGGAAAAAAUUCGUUUGACGAGUGAUAUUGUCAACAUCAUUAAAAAUGAUGCUUUUAAACCGUUUUAUUUAUCAGCAACUACACUGAUACUUGAUUUACCUGAUCAAGAGAUAAUCGUCGAACCAGAUGCAUUUAAAGCAAUGUCGCAACUUACAACAUUGGAAAUAAAUAACGCCAUAGUUCCACUGACAGUAGAAAACUUUGAACUCAAUGAAGAAUCAUUUACCGGAUUAGAGAAACUCGAAGUUCUUAAACUCAGAACCAAAUCAAUUCCCUUUGAAAAAUCUGUAUUUUAUCCACUUAAAUCAUUGAUAUUUCUUGAAAUUUCAAUAGAUUUAUCAUACAAUAAUAUUUCUCUGAUUGAAAAUGGUGCAUUUGCUAAUUUGACAAAUCUCGAUCAUUUACAUGUGGAUCAUAAUUAUCCUAGCUUGACAAAAGACCUUGUUGCUUGGAGUAUUACAGAAUCUCAAAUUGAUACGGAAUGUCAACGACAUAAUACACUUGAAAUUUGUUUUAAACAUAAUUCUAUAUCAUCCGUCAAUGUAUUUGAGGAAAAAAUUGCCAGGCCAUCAACUUUUGGAGCUUUUAUCGAGAUACAUACUAGAGAGAUACGAUUUACUUGUGGUGAUUUCGUAACAUCAAUUAGUCCAAAUGCAUUUAAAGAUUCAAAUAUUAAAUCAGAAUUAAAAACAUUAAAAAUCUAUAGAAAACGUAGAAAUGGAUUUGUUCUUUAUCCUGGAUCAUUUGAAGGUUUAACAGUUUUGGAAAAUUUAAUAAUCGACGUUGGAGUAAUUGAACUUAAAGUUGGAUUAUUUGAUUCUUUGAAAUCUCUAAAAUACCUGAAAUUCAAACCAAAUGAAAUGUUAACUGGAAUAUACCUUGGACAAGUAUUAGCAAAUCUUACAAAUUUAAAAACCUUGGAAAUUUUUAACAAUGAUUCUAUAAGUAUUUGUCAAAGUCCAUUUUCAAAUCAAUUGCCACAAUCAAUAACUGAACUUUGUUAUACAAAUGGUCAAAUCGAUACCAUAGAAACGGCUUCAUUUAUGUGUUUACCAUCUCUAGAAAAUAUAACAAUUACCAAAACACAAUUGGCCGUUGUUGAGCGAUAUGCAUUUGACGGACUUGAUAAUAUAAAAUACAUUAACUUGUCAUUUAAUAGAAUCCAUUUAAUUGAUUUAACACAUAACAAUAUUGAAACAAUUGAAAGUGGAGCAUUUAAUGGAUCUCAGAUUAAAGUGAUCUAUCUGUAUGACAAUAAACUUGAUGAAGAAGAUGAUGCUAUUUAUGGGGAUUUAGAUAACAAAACAAGACUAUAUUUAAAUUAUCAACCAAAUGAAAUAUCAUCAACAUCAUUGAUUUCAGUGAAGCAGCUGGUACCCGUACUUGAUUUGAGUUUCAAUUCACUACAAUCAAUACAUGAAAAAACAUUCAAAGGCGAAAAUAUUAAAAAUUUAGAUUUAUCAUACAAUAAUAUUUCUCUGAUUGAAAAUGGUGCAUUUGCCAAUAUGACAAGUCUCGAUCACUUACAUGUGGAUCAUAAUAAUCCUAGUUUGACAGAAGAUCUGGUUGCUUGGAGUAUUAUGGAAUCUCAAAUUGAUACGGAAUGUCAACGACAUAAUACACUUGAAAUUUGUUUUAAACAUAAUUCUAUAUCAUCUGUCAAUGUAAAUGAGGAAAAAAUUGCCAGGCCAUCAACUUUUGGAGCUUUUAUCGAGAUACAUACUAGAGAGAUACGAUUUACUUGCGACGAUUUCGUAACAUCUAUUAGUCCAAAUGCAUUCAAAGAUUCAAAUAUUAAAUCAGAAUUGAAAACAUUAAAAAUCUAUAGAAAACGUAGAAAUGGAUUUGUUCUUUAUCCUGGAUCAUUUGAAGGCUUGACAGUUUUGGAAAAUUUAAUAAUCGACGUUGGAGUAAUUGAACUUAAAGUUGGAUUAUUUGAUUCUUUGAAAUCUCUAAAAUAUCUGAAAUUCAAACCAAAUGAAAUGUUAACUGGAGUAUACCUUGGACAAGUAUUAGCAAAUCUUACAAAUUUAAAAACCUUGGAAAUUUUCAACAAUGAUUCUAUAGGUAUUUGUGAUAGUCCAUUCUCAGACAUUUUGCCACUAUCAAUAACUGAACUUUGUUAUACAAAUGGUCAAAUCGAUAAAUUAGAAAAGUAUUCAUUUAUUUGUUUACCAUCUCUGGAAAAUAUAACCAUAACCAAAACACGAUUAGCAGUUGUUGAAUAUGCAUUUGAUAUACUUGAUAAUUUAAAAUACAUAAACUUGGCUUUUAACCAAAUUCGCCAGCUAGAUUUGUCCAACAACAAAAUUGGUAUCAUUGAAGAUGCUGCAUUUGAAGGAACUUCAAUUAAUGAUAUAUAUCUAUUUGAUAAUCCUUAUAUUAUUCUUAACAGACACGCAUGGAUGGUAUCUCGUUAUACACUUUUAUUUUCAAACAAAAUAUCAUAUACUGCAAUACGUUGCCAAUCAAAACAACAAAAUAAAUGCAUUACCUGUCAUUACAACUGUCUUCAACCACAGGACCGGGCACUUAUUGAACCUAUCGUUAUGAGUUAA